CUUCUUUCAUUUAUGGGAGAUUACAUUAAAGCCUUAAUUGAAACCUAAGUCAUCGGAGCAUUUAGAGUCGCAUUAACCAUGCCUUUGGAACAUGUGCUUGAUAGAAUUAAGACCUACAAGCAAUCAAAACAAGGAAUAACUUAUGUUUAAGUACAAUAAUCGAUUGAGACUGUAGAGCUACUUGGACAUCAAAGGAGCAAGAGGAUUGAUCGGAUUGUACGAUGGCUUCUACCCUAGCUUUUUGAGAAACAUGGUGAAGCAAUACUAUAGAUGGCCCAUGAUGAUUUUCAUCCCUUCCAUGCUGAAUGAUCACAUCCACAACCAAUCUCUGAACAAAAUAAUCACAGGAGCCUCCAUUGGAUUAUUCGAAAGUUGCAUUAUUACGCCUUUUGAAAGACUGAAAACUCUGAAGAUGACCUCUAUGGCUACAGGAUUUGGUUAUCUCAAAUACAUCACUUUGGAAUCUAUUUAUGUAGGAUUUAGAAUUCAAACAACAAGGCAGGUGGUCUCAUGGACAAACUAUUUGUAUUGGGAUCACAAAGUUCGUUAUGCAUUAAAAGCAGACCCUGGUCAACCACUCUCAAUAAUCAAUUCAUUGAUUGCUUCAACGUUGAGUAGCAUUCUGAACAUUCUAGCAGGUAUGAAUUCAAUUUUUAAAUCAGUGCAUCCCUUUGAUACAAUAAAAACUCUAGUUUAAAUGGAAGAAAACCAAAAUUAUCGAAAAAUCUCUUUGUAUUAGUCUUUUAAGAUUGUCUAUCAAAAUUAUGGCCUUGCAGGUUUAUAUGCAGGAUGGUAAGCUAGAAUUAUAGCUUACUUCUGUCAAGCUCUUCUUACCACUCCCACUAUAGAUUAUUUAGAAAGAAAUUAUGGUAUUUCUAAAGGUAAAAAGUAAUAAUGA